AUGGCAGUCCUAGAUUACGACUCUGGGGAGCCUGGCACGCAGCUCCACUACUUGAUUCCUGGUCUUGCUGGUCGCCCGGCUCGCGACCCUCGCCUACCCCUGUACAAGAACGACCAGCCCCUUAUCUUUGGAAUGCUGAUAAUCGUCUGCUUUGGUCUCGGUCUCGGUCUCAUGCCUGGCACCGUCAUUGGGCUCUUGGCCCUCGCUGUACCCCUCGGCGGUACUAUCGGCCUGGUCAUCAUGUCCACCGUCUUCAAUAACAUUCCUGACCUCAAUGCCAAUAUAAAUCUGGCUUAG